AUGCCUAUCGAUAAAAGCUGGAUUGAUUCCCCACUUCAAUCAGCUCACUACCAGCAAGGACUCAGGUCUUUUAUCGCGAUGUGUGAAAGAGUGCUCCCCAACCAUAAUGAAGUUAGAUGUCCAUGUUCCAAAUGUAAAUGUUCCGGCUUAACAACCAUCACAAAAAUGAAACUCCAUUUAGGGCGUAUGGUUUUUUGGAAAGACUACAUAAAGUGGGACUAUCACGGCGAAAAAUCUCGGCCUGCAGUUGUAGAAGUAGAUAAUGUUGUGCCACAUGAGGGUAUGGAAAACGUUAUUGAAGACAUUAGGGGGGAGCGUAUGGAAGAAGAUACAGAUCGUAACCCGGAGAUGUCGGGUGGAGAAUCUAACGGUGUUGAUGACGAUUUUGAAGACAUAAUAAAGGAUGUUGAAUCUGAAUUAUAUCCUGGUUGUACCAAGUUUUCUUCCCUUGACUUCUUAGCAAAGCUUAUGAAUCUAAAGGAGACGUCCCAUUGGACUAAUACUUCAUUUGAUCGUCUACUAAAGAUUUUGCAAGAAUCAAUGCCAAUAGGCAACAAGAUUCCCCCUACGCAUUAUAUAGUUAAGAAGAAAUUUAAGAAGAUUGGUUUGGAUUAUGAGAUGAUAGACGCGUGCGUAAAUGAUUGUGCUCUCUUCUGGAAAGAACACGAGUCGUUGCAAAAUUGUCCCGUUUGUAAUGAGAGUCGUUGGGUCGAUAAAGACACAAAAGGCACGAAGGUAGCUCGUAAGGUGUUACGAUACUUUCCUUUGACGCCUAGACUUCGGCGUUUGUAUUGUUCAAGACACACGGCAAAAGAUAUGAUAUGGCAUAGUACGGGACGUUCAGAAGAUGGGACCAUGCGGCAUCCAGUUGAUGGAUCUUCAUGGCAAGACUUUGAUAGGAAGUACCCAAACUUCGCGAUGGAGCCACGAAAUGUUCGCUUGGGGCUUGCAGCUGACGGUUUUAAUCCAUUUAACGGUAACGGACCCUCGACUCAUAGCACAUGGCCGGUUAUACUCACCACAUACAAUUUGCCUCCAUGGCUGUGCAUGCGGGAGUCCACAUUCAUGUUGACCUUGUUGAUUCCUGGCCCUAAAUCACCUGGGAAGGACAUGGAUAUUUACCUUAGACCGUUAGUGGAUGAGCUUAAACAUUUGUGGCACUCAGGUGUACGUACUAAAGACGCAACAACAAACGAAUUCUUCACAAUGAAGGCGGCGUUGUUAUGGACCAUAAACGACUUUCCAGCCCGUAGUAGUCUAUCAGGUUGGAGCGGACAGGGCUACAUGGCAUGCCCGACUUGCAACGAAGACACUCCUUCAAUGCGUGUAACUGGUAAAUGUGUGUAUGUUGGUCAUCGCCGGUUCUUAGAUGCCAACCAUCCAUGGAGAACAAGUCUCGACUUUAACGGGAGACCCGAGACACGAGGCCCUCCGAGACAGUUUAGUCCUGCUGACAUAGAAGCUCAGCACGGUCGUCUACUUCAUCGUCUACCAGGAAAGCAUCCAUCUUUUGGAGGUGGGAGGAUAAGCCGAGCAGAUUUCGAGCUGAACUGGACCAAACGAAGCAUAUUUUUCGAACUUGAGUAUUGGUCUUCUUUGCAGCUGAAGCACAACUUAGAUGUAAUGCAUAUCGAGAAAAAUGUGUGCGACAGCUUGCUUGGUACUCUCUUAAUGAAUGAGAAGACCAAAGACACACCAAACGCACGAAACGACUUGCAAAAACUAAAUAUCCGGCCGACACAGUGGUUGAAACAAUCGGGUAGCAAGUUCUUAAGCCCCCACCCAAAGUACUCAUUCAAGUCCGAUGAUCGAAAGCUUUUCUGUGAAUUUAUAAAAAAUGUUAAACUCCCAGAUGGGUUUGGAUCUAAUAUCAGCAAGAGGGUGACAGAUAACAAUUCUAACAUUACUGGGUUGAAAUCUCAUGACUGUCAUAUUCUCAUGCAACGUUUGAUACCGAUUGGGGUUAGAGGGCUUUUGACAAAAGAUACAUCUACACCAAUGGUAGACCUUUGUAUGUUUUUUAAGCAACUUUGUUCCAGAACACUAUUGGUUGAAGAUAUGAGGAAAGCAAAGGAUGACAUUCUUACCAUCCUAUGCAAGUUAGAGAUGAUCUAUCCUCCGGCAUUUUUUGACAUUAUGGUUCAUUUACUUGUGCAUUUACCUGAUGAAGCGAUUGCGGGAGGUCCAGUAGCUUUCAGAUGGAUGUAUCCAUUUGAAAGGUACAUGAAAAAGCUAAAAAAGUAUGUCAGAAACCCGACAAGGCCGGAAGGUUGUAUAGCUGAAGGUUAUGUGCUUGAAGAAGCUCUAACAUUUUGUUCAAUGUAUCUUCAAGAUGUUCAGACUAAGUUCAAUCGCCCAGAUAGAAACGAGGAUGUCGUUGUUGAAAAAUGUAAGUUUUGGGUGUUUGAGUCUAAAUGUCGUCCGGCAAGCGCAACGAAGAGCAAAUAUCUUUCAACCGUUGAAAAAAGCAAGAUGGAAUGGUUUGUUCUCGAUAACUGCGCAGAAGUCAGGGAGUACAUGAAUGAGUUCAUAUCUACACAUCCCCAAGAUGAUCUUAAAACGAAAUUUCCGGGGUGGUUUCUUAAUAAGGUUCAUUCGAUGAAAACACAAAAUUCUCCAGAAUUCCACCCAGAGUUGUAUGCCCUUUCAAUUGGUGCGAAAAUAAAUGCUGAAACUUACGCUGGUUGCAUAGUCAACGGUGUUAGGUUUAUGACACUUGAACGUGAUGCAAAACGCGCAACGCAAAACUCUGGGGUAGAAGUGGUCGGAGAGAACGGUGUGAAAUUUUAUGGCCAAUUAGAAGAAAUUAUUGAGUUGAAUUAUACAAAUGGUUAUUCUACUGUCCUAUUCCGGUGCAAGUGGUUUGAUACUCGAAGGGGUGUAAAGUAUGACAAUAAUAUCACUAGUAUAAGCACUGAACAUGAAUGGGACAAAGAUGAUCAACUCAUAUUUGCUUCGCAAGCCAAACAAGUGUUCUUCAUCCAAGAACCGUCUCGAAACAAAAAAAAUAAACCUAGAUGGGUAGUCGAGAACAUUAAUCAUCGAAAAAUUUGGGAUCGGCCAUUAAAUGAUAACCGCGUCGAGCCGGUUAAAAAUGCUGAUGACGACUUAGAAGAUAUUGACAUUGUCCACAACAACUCUUCAUCUGACUGUCCACUUGUCAUCGACCUGACCCAAUACUUUCAAAUUGGGUCUUCUCAUGUUACUUCAGGUGAGCCUGCAACUGAAGUUGGUCCCCCAACGACUACCGUCGAUGAAGUGUUGGAGGUCGAGACUGAUGUUGAUGAGGACGAUCCCGAUUAUGACAUCGAGUUUGAUUAA